AUGGCUUGUGAUAACUUAAUAAAUUCGAAUGCUGAUUCUGAAAUGGAAGAAGGAGAGAUAGUCGACGAAUUAGAUGAGUUGUCUGACAUAUCCUCAGAAGAGGAGUUCCUGUUGCGGCAACGUUUGCAGGUUUUGGAGAAUUACAAUAAUGUAUUGGAAAGGAAAGAAGCCAAAAGGACCUCGAUUGGACCAGGUAAAAGUCAUAGAAGAGUAGAAGCAAGUUAUGAUCAAUAUGAAAUUUCUGGUACAGAUGCCGAUGAUGGUUUUCCAAACUUAAAAUAUAGGAUAACUAAAGAGCACAAACAAACUAGAUUACAUAGACAAAAGAAAAUUAAACAAACAGAAAAUGUACGGUACAGAGAGAGUAAGAAGAAAGGACAAAGAAAGAAGAAGAUUGAUGUUAAAAGUAACUCAGAUACAAGUGAUAUAUCUGAUGAUGAAUAUAAGAAUAAGAGGCGGAAGCUGGCUGACGCGGUCACCUUGAAUAAAGCUAAGAAUGACACAACAACACUCAAAGAUCGAAUCAAUCGUAUGCUCUGUGUAUCGAGGACUGAAAACCAUAUCAUUAAUAUAAAUAAUAACACAGUGGAAGGAAUUAAAUUGGAAAAUAAGAAAGAUAAACUCGAAAACAAGCAACAAGAGAAUAUUAAAGUAACAGAAGAGUCCACCAAUAAUACGAAAACUUCUGAAUUAAUAGACUUAUGUACUGACGAUUCAAAUUUGGUUUCUAUAAGCGGUGUUGACACUGUCGACUCGGUAACAGAAAAAACUGAAGGAAACUCUGACGAGGAUUUAGAAAUAUUAAGGCAGCAUGCUCUUAAAACUAAGAGCAAAGCAACAGAAAAAACUAAUACCAAUAAAGAUAUUUCUGAAAAUAAACAACAUAUAUCAGAAGACGAGGACAGUGAUACCGCGGAGCUUCGGCUAAUUUGUUUGAAAUCAGCAUUACUAAAGAAAGCCAUAGAAAUGAAAAGAAAACAGAAAUUACAGAAGCGAUUAUCCCAAUCAGUGGGUGAUAAUUUCGAUGUGGAAAGCGAUAACGAAAUUAAUAUUGACAAUAACACUGAUGUGGAAUCAGUUGAUAUGGAUAUAGGUUCUGAUGCUGAAGAUAAAGGAAAAAUCACCGAUUGUAACCACGAAAACGGCAACCAGAACAUUCUAGAAGAUAAUUCAUGUAAAAAGAAACCUCACAAAGACGAUGAACUAGAGGAAGAUGAAGAUCUAUUGAGAGCGAAACUAUUGACGUCCUUAAGUAAAAACUUACCAAACUUAUUGAAUAUCAAUGUGCUAAAUACCGCUCUAGACGGUACGGAAACUAAGAAAGAAUCUGUUAAAGAUAUCAAAAGUAAUGUAAUAAAAGAUAUUAAGAGUAAUAAAAUCAAAGAUGCCCCAUCUAUAGCAGUGCCAGAAGAAAAGAAAUUCGUUAUACAGCUAGGUGAUUCAGAUUCAGAGGGCGAGCAUGAAGCGACCAAGAAUUUAACUAAAAUGCACCUAAAACUGUCCGAACAAGCGGAGUUUCAGAUGAAAUUAGAUAAUUUAUUGAAGUCAGUUAGAAAUAAGACCGAGGAAACAUCGUUACCUGAUGUAGUACAGCAACCAGUUAGACCGCCACAUAAGUUUGUCGCUAAGGCAAUGAAUCAUCUACCAAAGUCUGAACAAAUAGAAUACAGGAAUCUAGUUAAGAGAAUGGCUGAAUUAGAAAAAAUUAAGCAAGCUAGACAAAUAACUAAUAAUCAAAUGACCAAAGACACUCUCAAACCACGCAACAUAUCUAUAGAUCCAAGAAAAACAAUCCCGAACAAGAACAUUGAAGAUAAAAUAGCGUUAUCCAGAAAAAAAAUCGCCGAAGAAUCUUCAAAAAUAUUCAGACUAAAAGAGGAGGCUAAGAAAUUGUCCCAAAGGUAUAAAAUAGUGUCUACGGAACUACGUAACAUUACCACAGCUAUCACAAUAAAUAAGAAACAUCAGAAAACAGUACAGGAUAGUUUGACCAAGAUAAGACUGCAACAUCAGAUGCUUUUACGACAAGGCAUCGAAAAACAUUCCAACCAAAUACCACCGAGGACAAACAAGAUAACAACGAAGCUACAGAAAGAAAAUGAUCCCAAUAAAGAAGAUUAUAAAGUCGAAAAUAACUUGAAAGCGCUCAAAGUCAGCGUUGUGAAUGAUCUUAAUAAAGAGAUCGCGUUACCGAAAUUAUCGGUGCAGUUAGACGUUAAUACUAACAAGAAGAAUGUAAAACUACCCUCUCCUACCAAGGAAAGAGUUGUUGAUUACAAUGACGUCACGACAGAAGAUAGAGUGAGCGAGACAGAUAUACACAAGAGAUUAAAGUGCGAAGAGACGAGAAACCAAGAGAUUGCCGGAGCUAAUGACUAUGUGUCACCGCUUAACUCAUUGGAGUGUAAAAACUGGAAGGAUCCCAAUGGUGUAUUUUGCCGCUUCGAAGUUGGAGGAAGUUGCAGGGACCCCGACUGCAAAUACUACCACCCAGACACACCCUCGCAGAAAUGA